AUGGUUAAAACGUUUAGAACUUUGGGCUCGGGUGUUCAGCUCGGUACUUCUAUCCCGAAUUGUAUUGUUCACGAAAUAGAAGCAAUUUUGAAGGCAGAUCGAGAAGACCUUUUUGCGAGGUUCCUGGGAUGGUAUCUAAGCGAUCGCGAUUGGAACACGGAUUUCGCAGUGGAAUAUUUCGAAGACGGAGACCUUGACAACAUUAUGGGUGCUACAUGGCUAAAAAUAAACGCGAGAUCAAUCACGCAGCAACUAACCUUAAGACGUGCUCCUCGCAGCCUGGGAUCCGAUUCCGUUGACUUCCCAGUGGAUCUAUUGAGAAAUAGUUCCGUAGCGGAGAUCAAGAAGAACCAUAUGGAGAUUUUAGAAUUCAUGAAGUCGCUAUUAGCGUUAACUCCGGAUGCGAGAAUAACAGUGGAGGAGGCAUUGGAGAGCCCGUGGGUCUUUGAAUUCAAGCAAAGUCAAUAUUUCUCUGACUAUGAACUCCCUACUACGUUCGAGCGCAACAAUAUCGUUCAUAGUCGUACAGAGUGGGGACCAGGAUCUAAGUGGACCCGAGAAGCAAAAAUCGGGUGCGGUGGAUACGGUACUGUCUGGCUUCAAAGGUCUCAUGGUGGUAGUUAUGAAAGGGCUGUUAAAGCUAUUCAAAAUAAAGGCGUCGAUUCUUUGAGAGAGAUAGAAAUAUUGUCGAUGGUAACUGGUCGAAAUCUACAACCCUAUUUUGUAGAGUUUCUGGGAUGGUAUGAGAGCUUUGAUUCGAUAUAUAUCGCAAUGGAAUACAUCGAGGGUGGAGACCUUAGCAAAGCCAUCGGCACUCCAUGGCUCGCAGAGGCGGAAAACACAAAAGAAAUUACAAAACAACUCUUGGAAGGACUUUCUGCGCUCCACUCACUAAGAAUUUGCCACCGAGAUCUAAAACCACAAAGUGUGCUUAUCGCUUCCCGAAGUCCAGUACACGUUAAAAUUACGGACUUUGGGAUCUCGAAAUCUCAAAUUGGCACAUUUCUUCGAAUGACCUACGGAACCGAGGGUUACUACGCCCCAGAGAUGUCUAAUUUCCUACGGAGAGAGAUCAAGGGCUUCAAGGGGGGCGAUGAGUAUACUACUGCUGUCGAUAUAUGGGCCCUCGGGUGUCUACUACAUGAGAUGCUAACUUCGGAGCUUCCGUUCCUCCGUCGCACUACUACCUACUAUGAGGAUUCAAAUGAGAGUGGAAUUCAAGUCAACACGAUACCCCGUGAGCAAGACUUGAAAUUACUGAUGGAGUUCUGUGGGGGAAGGAAAGAAGAUUUGACGGAAUCGUUGGAGAGGUUUUAUUUGGAGGAGCCGGUGGUUGAACUUUUGCAAUGCCUACUGGUGCCACGUCCAGAUGAGAGAAUAUCUGUGGGGAAUGCUUUGAGUAGCUCCUGGUUUUGA